CAAAUGCCGGUCUGUGCAGGCAUCGUUCUCAGCGGUUUAAGAGCAUCAACUCACUCAGAGGCAUCACAGCCCUGGGAAGUAGGUGCCCUUCGCAUCCCCUUUUUGUAGGAGCCUGCCCAAGGUCAGGCAGCCGGCGAGGGACGGGCACGAUCCGAACCCGGCGGCCCACUGCCUGCACCUGGCGCCCACUUCGCCGCAGAAGGGGCCCCGGGAAGCCGCGCCAGCAGCCGCACUGGAACGGAGAGCUGUGGGCAAGGGCGCGAGGGGUAGCCGGCCCCCCAGCCCCUGUAUCCCCCGCGGAGUGCGGGUGGGGGACGCAGACAGAAGUGGGAACGUUCCGGAACCCAGGUGCGCGGCCGGGGGCGGAGAGAGCCCCUGGUCCGGCCGAGAUCCCGCAGGGAGCAGCGCAGCCACGGAGCAGGCCCCUCACGCCGAUAAGUCGCGGGGUAGGGGCGCGCGCACGGGCCAGACCGCACCGCAGCGCACGCGCACACGGGGGCGCAGGCUCGCCCGCCGCCCAGGAUGAGACGGAAGGCAUGGAAAGUUCCAGCUGGUUCGAGAACUCUGCCAGAGCCUUAAAGCCCGGGCUCGCUCGGCCGGAGUGUGCUUUCGCCGCCUGGGAGCCUUCCGGCCCAGCAUCCUGUCCGGUCCGUGCGGUCCCCGCCCUCCUGCGUCCCGGGAGCCGGCUCGGUUCGGAGCCGAGAGCUGUGUGUUCGGGCAUGCCCCGCUACGAGCUGGCUUUGAUCCUGAAAGCCAUGCAGCGGCCAGAGACCGCUGCUGCUUUGAAGCGUACACUUGAAACCCUGAUGGACAGAGGGGCUGUGGUGAGGAACUUGGAGAACCUGGGCGAGCGUGCGCUUCCUUAUAGGAUCUCCGCCCACAGUCAGCAGCACACCAGGGGAGGGUAUUUCUUGGUGGAUUUUUACGCACCGACAACAACUGUUGAAGGCAUAAUGGAGCAUUUGUCUCGAGACAUUGAUGUGAUUAGACCAAAUAUUGUAAAACACCCUCUGACCCAGGAAGUGAAAGAGUGUGAAGGGAUCGUCCCAGUCCCACUUGAAGAAAAGCUGUAUUCCACCAAGAAGAGGAAGUGAGAAGAUUCACCAGAUUUUAGCCUUCAGUUUAAUUCUCUCACUUUUGAGCACCAUGGAUUAAUAACUGACCAGCCUGAUCUUUAUGUAAGAGGGUGCUUUCAGUGCCCUUUGAUUUUUCUAAGGUACUUUUAGUUCUUGAUCCCCUUUGCUGUGAAAAGUCGGGGAAUGGCCUCCUUAGAGCCACAUUGUAAUAUAUGGCAUCAGCGCUCCCUGCUCGAUUGCGUUUCACGAAUGUAAUUUGUCAGUGAGGACUUUGCCCUACAGCAGCACUAACACUGCUUUGAAGAGCAAAGGUUAUAAAAACCACUUUGGAUUACACGCUAGUCAUUCAGACUGUAUACCACCAUGCAAAAUAAAAAUUUAAGACCAUCGUA